GCCCUAAGUUACGUUUGGCAAAAGCAAAAGCAAUCCAACAGGCACGAAAUAUCAAUUCAAAGUUGACUGGACUUUUCCUAUUUUAGACAUUAUUAUCAUAGGUUUGUUUAUUCCUGUUAUUAGCAGAGUUAAGAUGCUUUUUGUGAGAGCGAUGCAAGCGAUGACAACUUCACUGCUGUGUCAGAACAUGUGGAAGUACUUACUGUUAUAAAUACUUGUGUCUUUGAUUCCUUCCAUAAACAGUUUUUGUCUUCCAGCAGAGGUGUAUUUGCAAGAGCUUAGAAUUGGGCAAAGCGAAGAGAUGGCCGAUCAGGUUGAUAUCCAUGUGACCUACAAGGAUUCAAAGCACAUCAUUUCCUGUCCAAAAGGAGAAGUUGUCGAGGACUUUGCCAUUCGUUUUCUUGAAGCCUUCGCCGAUAUGUUACCGCGCGAGGUGGAGCCAAGUGAUGUCAAGUUUCAGCUUCACGUUGAAAAAUUUGAUGACUAUGUGGAUCUGCAGAGCAACGAACUGCUUAAAGAUGGCAGUAAACUUCGAGUUCGAAUUCCAGAGAGAGGACAGUCACCUAUUAAGCCUCAUCCCAUCCAGCCGAACACCAUUUAUCGACUGUGGAGCCCCGUUAGCAGAAAGAAUGAGGGUGUUGUAAUGAGGAAUUCAAGCACUAACAUUGUGACUUGCAGUGGAACGUUUAGCCCCUGUGGUGACAGUACGUAUAUCAUUCAGUUAAUUUAAAGAAUAACGUGGGCUGUAUGCAAUUU